AUGACCAUCAGAACGCCUCAACCUCCCAUUCCAAUCACUAAAGCCAUUCAGAUCUUCCGAGGGAUCUUGAAAGGCGUGUAUUAUCUCCACUCGAAGGGAAUCGUCCACGGAGACUUGAAAGUGAGCAACAUCAUGAUCGAAAACUCCUGGGAGGAACUUCCCAACGAGGAAAUCGUCCAGUUCGAAUCGAACGAUGGAUCCACGUCUCAAUUCCAAGGUCUUGGAUUGUCUCCGAACAACCGCGAUGCGAAUUCUCCUCCAGAACCAUCGAUUCCGGAUUCGGUUUCAACCGAAGUAAUGCAUUGCGCAGAAGAAGGAUCAACGUCGAUCGUUUCAGAAGAAUUGCUGCCUUUUACAGGAAGGAAAGAUAAAAGUAGUGAUCAUUUGUUUCAGCAGAAUCGCGCGAGUAUUAUUGAGAAGAACGAAAAUCGAGUUCGCAUCAUCGAUUUUGGAGUUUCCGAAUCGUCCAUCUAUGGAACACCGAUGAGCAUGCCACCCGAAGUUUAUAACAGCACAAUCAUCGCUACGGCCAAGGCAACUCUGCGAAAACGCAAAGGGUUUAAAGGUACGGAUUCAUUUAACUUCGGGAUGGCUCGCGAUAUCUGGAGUUUGGGAAUUUUGUUGUAUGUGUGA